AUGUCCAAGCCCAGCGACUCUUCCAAUAACACCUACAGCAAUUUCCAGACUAGCGACAUCAUGCCCUCCACGCAGAAGCUGCAUAAGCAAUUCUCACAACUCCUUCUAGAAUUCAGCAAAGCCCCCAGGGAAACGUUCCGGAUCAUCUACACCCAUCCGCCUCCAACAUCAUCCGAUAUACCACCGACCGACACAAACUCCCAUCCUCGCCACAGAUGCCAAAAGCUGUUCGUGCUAGACUCGAGCUUCAACCCACCGUCUCGCGCGCAUCUUGGCGUUGCGAAAGCUGCUGUGAUUGAUUCUAUCAAGCAUCAUCGCCCAACAUCAGGCCGGACUUCGACAACCCAAUCGUCGUCCUCGGACGGCAGGUCUAGUCAAGGAGAUUUCCCAGAGCAACGGCUCAUACUGCUCCUCGCGACCGAGAACGCGGACAAGGCACCCAAGCCAGCGGACUUCGCGGAUCGGCUGGUCAUGAUGGUGCUCAUGGCACAGGACUUGCGUAGGCAAUUGCUACAACUUGAUAGGAAUGACGCCGAUACCGACGCCAGCGGCAACAACAGCAGCGGACAGCAGCCCAGCAAGGGAGCAGCGACUGACGCUGCAGCCUCAGAUGGGGCACGGCCACCAGUAUCUGACGAGAAAUCGCCCUACGCCAUCCCAAUCGACAUCGCGAUCACCAAAAAGCCCUACUUCAUGGACAAAGCCGCCUCAAUCUCCUCUUCCGGCAUCUACUACUCCCGCCAGCCCAACCUCACCACCACAUCAGCAGACUCACCAGUCGAGCAAACGCACCUGACAGGCUUCGACACCCUGACCCGCAUCUUCCACCCCAAAUACUACCCGCCCGACCACACCCUCUCCGCCCUUCAACCCUUCCUCUCACACCACCGCAUCCGCGCGCUCAUGCGCACGGGGCGAGGACGGGAAGCCGAGGAUCUUCAGGUGAAGAGGGAGGAUGGGGAGAAAGAGUGGAUCAGUGGCAAAGGCUUUGAGAAGGAGUGGUUGGAGAAGGUUGAGCUGGUGGAUGACGAGGAGUUGGAGGGGGAGAAUGUGAGAGGGGUGAGUAGUACGUUGGUGAGAGAGGCCGUGGGGAAGGGGGACUGGGAGGGCGUGAGGGGGUUGUGUGGGGAGGAGAUUGCAGAGUGGGUAAGGGAAAGGGCCCUGUAUACUAAGACGGCAGAGGAAGCCAAGGGCAACAGGGAUGGUGGUGGUGGCGGUCAGGAGAAGCUCUGA